AUGGGACGACGUGGGGAGGAAGGCACCGCCGAGGAGGAAGGCACCGCCGAGGAGGAGGAGGAGGAGGAGGAGGACUGGGAGAACGCGCGGCGCGUGUUGAAGCCGCCGCCGACGUUCGGGGGCUCGAGCGAACUUCGCGACCUCGCACGGGUGAUCACGCGGGACAUUCACACCGCGAACCCGAACGUGCGUUGGAGGGACGUCGUCGGUCUAGACGACGCGAAGCGGCUGUUGAAGGAGGCGGUGGUGAUGCCGGUGAAGUACCCGCAGUUCUUUCACGGGCUGUUAACGCCCUGGCGCGGGGUGUUACUCUACGGACCGCCGGGAACCGGGAAGACGAUGCUCGCGAAAGCCGUCGCGACGGAGUGCGGGACGACGUUCUUCAACAUCGCCGCGUCGUCCAUCGUCAGCAAAUGGCGCGGCGACAGCGAGAAGCUCGUCCGCGUGCUCUUCGAGCUCGCGCGGCACCACGCCCCGAGCACGGUGUUCAUGGACGAGCUCGACGCGGUGAUGUCCGCGCGCGACGGCGGCGGCGGCGCGAGCGGCGGCGGCGACCACGAGGCGUCGCGACGGCUCAAGACGGAGCUCCUGAUCCAGAUGGACGGCCUCGCCAAGUCCGACGAGCUCGUCUUCGUCCUCGCGGCGACGAACCUGCCGUGGGAUCUCGACCCCGCGAUGCUCAGACGCCUCGAGAAGCGCGUCAUGGUGUCGCUGCCGUCGCGCGACGCGCGCCGCGCGAUGGCGUCGUCGCUCUUAAGCGCGCACGCCGUCGACGACUUGGACGGCGCGCUCGACCGCAUCGCCGCCGCGACGGAGGGGCACAGCGGCUCGGACGUCCACUCGUUGUGCAAAGAGUGCGCGAUGCGGCCGCUGCGUCGACUGAUGGCGAAGCUGGACGACGACUUGGAGCCGAGAGACGGGAUGGAGGAGGAGGUGGCGGCGAUGGGGGCGAUCACGGAGGAGGACGUCUCGGGCGCGUUGAGAGAGGCGAAGCCGAGUCACGCGGCGGCGCAUUCGCGGCGGUACGAGACGUGGACGGAGUCGCACGGCGUCGUCGCGUAG